CUCCACUGCCGCUCCUCUCCCGCCGUCGCCGCCGCCUCCGCCGCCGCAGCGGAGCCUGUUGAGUGGAGGAAUCACGGGUAUGGAGGUCGACCCGUCGUCGUCGUCUCCUCCUGCCGGUGCGGGCGGGGAAGGCGUGGGCGUGGCCGUGGGCGCCGCGGACAUGUGGCCGUUCGACUCGCUGACCACGUCGCUGCUGUUCUCGUCCGUGUCGUCGUCGCCGCCGCCGCCGUUCCCGGCCACGUCCUCGUCGUGGCUCACGCCGCCUUCGCCGCUGUGGCUGUUCGACGAGCGGCAGCUGCUGCCGCUCGACAUGGUCCCCGCGCCGCCCGCCGUCGCCGUGGCCGCCACGCCCGAGGCCGCCGUCGCCGUGGUCGACGAAGUGCAUCGGGCCCGCUCCGGGAAUUCGGACACAACUAGUAAGAGAGUUGAGCAGAUUAAUAGCAAAUGGCAGUUUCACCUAUCUCUGGAUGAUCACACGGACGGCUCUUCCUUGUUCAAGGAGAGGCUUACACAGGCUCUUAGAUACUUCAAGGAGUCCACAGAUCAACAUCUGUUGGUUCAGGUUUGGGCACCAGUUAAGAAUGGGGAUCGCUAUGUGCUUACUACGUCAGGACAGCCCUUCGUACUUGACCAGCAGAGUAUUGGGUUACUUCAGUACAGGGCUGUAUCCAUGAUGUACAUGUUCUCGGUGGAUGGAGAAAAUGCUGGAGAGCUGGGGUUACCUGGGCGUGUGUACAAGCAAAAAGUUCCUGAGUGGACACCAAAUGUGCAGUAUUAUAGCAGCACCGAGUACCCACGCCUUAACCAUGCAAUCAGUUACAAUGUUCAUGGUACUGUAGCCUUGCCUGUUUUUGAUCCUUCCAUUCAAUCUUGUAUUGCGGUUGUUGAACUUAUAAUGACAUCAAAGAAGAUAAACUAUGCUUGUGAGGUCGAUAAAGUCUGCAAAGCUCUUGAGGCUGUAAACCUCAAAAGCACAGAGAUAUUGGACCAUCCGAAUGUCCAGAUAUGCAAUGAAGGCCGCCAAUCUGCACUGGUGGAGAUACUGGAGAUCUUGACGGUUGUAUGUGAAGAUCACAAGCUUCCUUUGGCUCAGACCUGGGUUCCUUGCAAGUAUCGAAGUGUACUGGCACAUGGUGGUGGUGUUAAGAAGAGUUGUUUGAGCUUUGAUGGAAGUUGCAUGGGGGAAGUUUGCAUGUCGACCAGUGAUGUGGCAUUUCAUGUAAUUGAUGCUCAUAUGUGGGGAUUUAGAGAUGCCUGUGUAGAACAUCACCUACAGAAGGGACAAGGAGUUGCUGGGAAGGCAUUUAUCUACCAUCGACCUUGCUUUUCUAAAGAUAUCAGUCAGUUCUGCAAGUUGGAGUAUCCCCUUGUACACUAUGCUAAAAUGUUUGGACUAGCGGGCUGCUUUGCAAUAUGUUUGCAAAGCUUGUAUACUGGAGAUGAUGAUUAUAUAUUAGAGUUCUUCCUACCACCAAAUUGCAGAAACAAAGAUGAUCAAAAUGCCUUGUUGGAGUCUAUAUUAGCUCGAAUGAAGAAGUGUCUUCGUAGUCUAAAGGUUGUUGGCAACGGAGACUCCAAUGAAGUUUGUCUUCAAAUAAGUAAUGUGCUAAUAAUUGAGAAUGAAGAUUUGAAAACAAAUGUGCACUUUGAGAAUUCUGAAGGUUGCUUUCGCGAAUUGCCUGAAGGUAAUGCAAGCCACAGAGUCCAUGAGGUUGAUAAUGGUGACAACAAAGUUUCAACCAUGUCAGAGAGACAUUUGCAAGCUGAUGACAACUCCCAAAACAACGGGGCAUCUGCUGGCAGGCCAAAUGGAAGUGGUGCUUCUGAUUCUUCAUUGCUUCACAAAAGUAACAAACCACCUGAAAGGAGAAGAGGAAAAGCUGAAAAAACAAUCAGCUUAGAUGUUCUUCAGCAAUAUUUCUCAGGAAGCCUGAAAAAUGCAGCAAAAAGCCUUGGUGUGUGUCCGACAACCAUGAAACGCAUAUGCAGGCAACAUGGGAUUUCUCGUUGGCCAUCUCGAAAAAUUAACAAGGUCAACCGGUCUCUCUCAAAAUUAAAGCAGGUAAUUGAGUCUGUUCAAGGGUCAGAUGCGGCAUUUAAUCUCACAUCUAUCACAGGUCCUCUCCCUAUACCUGUUGGCCCUUCAUCAGAUUCUCAGAAUAUAGAGAAAGCAAGCCCAAAUAAAGUUGCCGAACUUUCAAAUCUGGCUGUUGAGGGGGACAGAGAUUCAUCCUUCCAGAAACCACAAGAAAAUGAUGGCAACUUAGCUAUAUUGAUGUCACAGCAAGGAUUUAUAGACGCUAACAAUAAUUUGCAACUUGAAGCAGACAAAGCUUCUCAGUCUAGAAGCUCAUCUGGAGAAGGCAGUAUAAACUCACGUACUUCAGAGGCCUCAUGCCAGGGAAGUCCUGCAAACCAGACAUUUGUUUGCAAAUCAAUUGCGUCGACGUUUACUGAACCGCAAUUAAUUCCAGAGGGGUUUACAAAAGAGCCUUUUCAAGAACCAGCGCUACCGCUUUCCAAGAUGCUCAUAGAGGAUUCUGGAAGUUCCAAAGAUCUGAAGAAUCUCUUCACCUCAGCAGUUGACCAGCCAAUCUUAUCGCGUUCGAGCAAUUUGGCACAGAUGCAAAAUUCAGGGACGGUGACGAUAAAGGCGAGCUUCAAGGAAGACAUCGUCAGGUUCCGCUUCCCGUGUUCCGGUAGCGUUACUGCAUUGAAGGAUGAAGUAGCCAAGAGGCUAAGGAUGGAUGUUGGCAUGUUCGAUAUCAAGUAUCUCGAUGAUGAUCAUGAGUGGGUGAAGUUGGCGUGCAACGCAGACCUGGAAGAAUGCAUGGAGAUCUCACGGAAUUCUGGUAGCCAUGUAAUCAGGCUAUUGGUUAGUGAUGUCGCGGCACACCUUGGUAGUUCCUGUGGAAGCUCUGGUUGAUAUUCAGGUCAGCAAUUUUUCUUUUUGGUGCGUACAUGUUGUUCCACGAGGUCAGUAUCAACUGUUGGUAAUCUAGUUCUUCUGCUAGAUAGCAGUAGCUGCUUCAUUUGUGUUUGAUCACCGUAUCAAUUUUUUUUGUACGAAAUGCAUGUAACUGUGCUAAAUGGCACCUGUAGUCAAUACUGUACAUAUUAAGCACUUUGUGCUGGAAAA